CCGCCUGUGUCCCGGCAGCCGAGCCGGCUCGGAGCUCGUGCGCCCUCCUACUUCGCGUCCUCCGUCCCUUCCGUCUUUCUCGCUCUCGCUCUUUCUCUCUCCGUCUGUCCGUACGUCAGCUCUCAGGCCCGGCGGCGGGUGGCGCGCGCUAGUGGGGAGCCACGCGGGGCCUCGUGCGUGCGCCCCUCUCUGCCUCCGGCUCCUCCCCCGCCCCCGGUACUGUUCGGGGCCGCCGGGCUCGCGUCCCAGGUCGGAGCCAUGUCGGUGAUAGGCAUAGACCUGGGCUUCCAAAGCUGCUACGUUGCCGUGGCCCGGGCCGGCGGCAUAGAGACCAUCGCCAAUGAAUACAGCGACCGCUGCACCCCAGCUUGUGUUUCUUUUGGUCCCAAGAAUCGUUCAAUUGGAGCUGCAGCUAAAAGCCAGGUUAUUUCAAAUGCAAAGAACACAGUCCAAGGUUUUAAGAGAUUUCAUGGCAGAGCAUUCUCAGAUCCAUUUGUUCAAGAAGAGAAGUCACACCUUGCUUAUGAAGUUGUGCAGUUGCCAACAGGUUCAGCUGGCAUCAAGGUAACAUAUAUGGAGGAAGAGCGGAAUUUCAGCACUGAGCAGGUCACAGGAAUGCUCUUGUCCAAACUAAAGGAAACUGCAGAAAAUGCCCUGAAGAAACCGGUUGUUGACUGUGUAGUUUCAGUCCCCUGCUUCUUUACAGAUGCUGAGAGGAGAUCUGUGCUGGAUGCCACACAAAUUGCUGGUCUCAAUUGCCUACGACUGAUGAAUGAAACUACUGCAGUUGCCCUUGCAUAUGGAAUCUAUAAACAAGAUCUGCCUGCCCUGGAAGAGAAACCAAGAAAUGUUGUCUUUGUUGAUAUGGGACAUUCUGCCUACCAGGUGUCUGUGUGUGCAUUCAACAAAGGAAAACUCAAAGUUCUUGCCACUGCAUUUGAUCCAACACUAGGAGGUAGAAAAUUUGAUGAGAUGUUAGUAAAUCACUUCUGUGAAGAAUUUGGGAAGAAAUACAAACUAGACAUCAAGUCCAAAAUUCGUGCAUUGUUGCGACUUUCUCAGGAGUGUGAAAAACUCAAGAAAUUAAUGAGUGCAAAUGCUUCAGACCUCCCUAUGAACAUAGAAUGUUUCAUGAAUGAUGUUGAUGUAUCUGGAAUUAUGAACAGGAGCAAAUUUCUGGAGAUGUGUGAUGAUCUCUUAGCUAGAGUGGAACCACCACUUCGAAGUGUUUUGGAACAAGCCAAGUUAAAGAAAGAGGAUAUUUAUGCAGUGGAGAUAGUUGGUGGUGCCACUAGAAUCCCUGCAGUGAAAGAGAAGAUUAGCAAAUUCUUUGGUAAAGAACUUAGUACAACAUUGAAUGCAGAUGAAGCAGUCACACGAGGGUGUGCAUUGCAGUGUGCGAUAUUGUCUCCUGCUUUCAAAGUACGAGAAUUUUCUAUCACUGAUGUAGUGCCAUAUCCAAUAUCUCUUCGAUGGAAUUCCCCAGCAGAAGAAGGAAUAAGUGAUUGUGAAGUCUUCCCGAAGAAUCAUGCAGCUCCUUUCUCUAAAGUUCUCACAUUUUAUAGAAAGGAACCAUUUAAUCUUGAGGCCUAUUACAGUUCUCCUAAGGAUUUACCUUACCCAGAUCCUGCCAUAGCCCAGUUUUUGGUUCAGAAGGUGACUCCGCAGACUGAUGGAUCCAGUUCAAAAGUUAAAGUAAAAGUUCGAGUCAACGUACAUGGUAUUUUUAGUGUGUCUAGUGCUUCCCUUGUGGAGGUACACAAGUCUGAUGAAUGUGAAGAGCCUAUGGAGACAGAUCAGCAUGCAAAAGAGGAAGAGAAAAUGCAAAUAGAUCAAGAAGAACAGAAAACUGAGGAAAACCAACAUCAGAUACAAGGGGAAAAUAAGACAGAAUCUGAAGAAAUGGAGACUUCUCAAACUGGGUCCAAAGAUAAAAAAAUGGAUCAACCACCUCAAGCUAAGAAAGCAAAAGUUAAAACUACCACUGUGGAUCUCCCUAUUGAAAAUCAGUUGUUAUGGCAGAUAGGAAGAGAAAUGUUGAAUUUAUACAUUGAAAAUGAGGGUAAGAUGAUCAUGCAGGAUAAGCUGGAAAAGGAAAGAAAUGAUGCCAAGAAUGCAGUGGAAGAAUAUGUUUAUGAAAUGAGAGAUAAAUUAAAUGGCCUGUAUGAGAAAUUUGUUAGUGAGGAUGAUCGUAACAGUUUUACUUUGAAACUAGAAGAUACUGAAAAUUGGUUGUAUGAAGAUGGAGAAGAUCAGCCCAAACAUGUUUAUAUUGAUAAAUUAACAGAGUUGAAGAAUCUAGGUCAGCCCAUUAAAAAUCGAUUCCAGGAAUCUGAAGAAAGACCAAAAGCAUUUGAAGAACUGGGGAAACAGAUCCAAAUGUUUAUGAAAAUAAUUGAUUCUUUCAGAAACAAGGACGAACAGUAUGACCAUUUGGAUGCAGCAGAUAUGUUGAAAGUUGAGAAGAGCACUAAUGAAGCAAUGGAAUGGAUGAACAACAAGCUAAAUCUUCAAAACAGACAGAGUCUUACUGUGGAUCCAAUCAUAAAGACAAAGGAGAUUGAAGCAAAAAUUAAAGAGCUUACAAGCAUUUGUAACCCUAUAGUUACAAAGCCUAGACCUAAAGUGGAGCUUCCAAAAGAUGAUGAGCAUGUGGAACAGAAUGGACCACUAGAAGGACAAGGUGAUAGCCAUGGAGGGGUUCAGGCCACUGAACAGAAUGUAGAUCCAAGCGCCUCCCCAGAUUCUGAGAAGAAACUUCCUGAAAUGGACAUUGACUAAUUCCAGUACUUGUUUAUAUUAAAGCCCACUUACCAUAAAGCUUUAAGUUGUCAACUUUGUUCUAAAUAGCAAAGAGAACAGAUUAAUAUUGCAAGUUAUUUAGAGUUCAUUUUAUAGCUUUUUUCUCUUGAAGGGAAAUCCAUGUAUUGAAUAUGAAAACUGCAAAAUGCAUCAAUACACCAUCCAAUAUGUUGUCUGUUUUCCUCAUAGUUCUUAUGUUGUACUCAUUCCUUUUGAAUUUCCUAAAGCAGUAGUUAUUUCUUCCCUCUUCUUCUCUCCUCUCUCCCCACCCCCCUACCCCCCAUGUUUGAUCAGAUUAAGGAAGAAAUUUAUUAUGAAGAUCUAGACCAGAGAACUGUAAUUAGCUGGAGAUCAAGCUUUUUAAGGAUACUCUGUGACUAGAAACUUUCAGGCGUAACUCUGUUUUGAACUUUUUGGGGGGUGGGAAGGAGAGAAACUAGAAUGGCAUGACUUUCUGGGGUUUUUCUGUAGUACAGAAAAUAAUGAUGAUUCCCUGAUUCUCUCUCUCUCUCUCUCUCUCUUUUUUUUUUUUUUUUUUUUUUUUGCUUGUAUAUUAAGACACUCCUUAAAUGAACAGAUUCCCUCAUAGCAAAUGCCAUAUAUGUUAACUUUGUUUGAAAUAUAAAUUAAAUGAGUGGGGACAUUUUAAUCAGGUGUUUAGAACUGAAAGAUGCUUCUUAAGCUGUGUUGUAUAUCCCAGUCGCCAAAGUUUAGCAGAUCUUUAAUGAAUAUAUAUGUUUUCCUAAAUUUAGUAGAUAUGAAGUAAGGUAUAUCAAGAUAAACACACUGAAGAUAUGUACAUUUUGGUCUCUAUUCAGAUUGAGUUGUACUCUUUAAGAUGGUUACUCUUAACAGGAGUGCUUUGUCUAUAUUAUAAGGUGCUAAUUAACCUUGAAGGAUUGAGGGAAUAAUUUCCUAGUGAGAGAUGCAAAUUUCUUAAACUCAUAUACACACUGGCUAUUACCAUAGAGUAUCUAUGAUGAACCUGCAUAUAACUCAUGUGUGUUUUGAAUCGGAUAGAUGCAAAACGAUACAAAAAGUUAACAAAUAAAUACACUGGAUUAUUCUGCAUGGGUAUUAAAUUGAUAAAGAAUAGAUAUAAAGGAAACCUUGGAUAUUUUCUUGGUGUUGGACUUCAGAAUUUUGCACUAAAGCAGUGAUUUCCAACUUUUAUAUUAUGUAACGCCAUAAAAAAAAUCUCAUGCACUUCUGCCCCAUUUGCACCCCAACUUAUAUCGUGGAAUGAAAAAACAAGCUUAAAACUA